ACAUAUUGCAUGCAGCAGGACAUCCCGGUUGUUUGUCACAUUGCAUUUGACGUACAGUGUAUUAGGACAUCGUAUGGUAGUGUGGGUACUGGAAUGCACCCAAAGGACAUAAAAGGAAGCUGGGCAGACAGGACAGUGCAAGAGAGGGAGGCUUUUUUUUUAAGGGGUUAUGGAGUUUAAGAGGCGGUGCACAGGUUCAGUGCUGAGUAUAUUUAGAGAGAAGUAGAUGAACCUUUGAGGCAUUUUGGUUUGGUGCCCAUCGUCAAGAUGAAGUCAUACGUGCUCCUCCCAGCCCUGCUGCUGUCUCUUGGAUGCACAGGCAUCCCACUUCACAACUCUGAGCUGCAGUCUGCGGCAGACAGCGCUCUGGGAGCAGCUUUGGCAGAGGUCAACUCUGUGUAUGCUGCCAGCCACCUUUACCGGGUCACUACAGGCUCUGUCGCAAAGGUCAUCCCCACGGGCCUGGACACCGUCGACCUGCUGAUGGUUUUUCGGAUUAAGGAGACUCAGUGUGCAAAGACUUCCCAAGAUGACCCUCAGGCCUGUGCCUUCAGGCCCGGCUUCUUUGUGCCCUCCUUCACCUGUUCCACCCGGGUACGAAUGAUGGCCAGGUCUCCCCAGGUGGUCUCUCUGAGGUGCGGCCACGAUGGCAGCUCCAGCUCCAGCUCAGAGAGCAGCGAGGAG